CAAUUGAGAACCAUCAUUGAUCUUAGAGAGUGCAACAAGAAUACCAAGAAACUAUCAUCUCCUUUACUAGAUAUCAAAUCAGUAUUAAGGAGAGUAGCUUCCAAGAAGUAUAAAUUGCUCAUUAAUAGUAAAGACAUGUAUGAACAGAUUAGAAUAAUCCCUGAGCAUGUAAACAGAUUGAUAUUCAACACUCUGGAUGGAACAAUGGUUAGUGAAGUAAUGCAAUUAGGUGAUUGUAAUAGCAGAGCCACCUAUCAAGCAUUAAUGAACUACAUUUUCCAGCCUUACUUGGGUGACUGGAUGGAUAUCUACCUAGAUGACUUAGUGAUUUAUUCAGACACAAUUGAGGAUCAUAUGCAACAUCUCAGAACUGUCAUUGAUAUAUUACACAAGGAGAAAUUCUACCUCAGUAAACAUAAGAUGCAAUUGUUCCAGAAAGAAUUGAAGAUACUAGACCAC